CCUAUUGUUCAAAACUUGUCUGAGAGCCAAUCAGAAGCGUCCAGGUCACAGGUGCCGUGAGAAGAUGGCUGCCGCGAGGAACGGGAAGAAUGGACUUCUGGAGAAAUGGAGGAUCGAUGAGAAGCCGGUGAAGAUCGAUAAAUGGGACGGAGCUGCGGUGAAGAACUCUCUGGACGACGCUGCCAAGAAGGUGGUGUUGGAGAAGUACGGUUACGUGGAGAACUUCCAGCUGGUGGACGGCCGUCUGCUGAUCUGCACCGUCUCCUGUCUGUUCGCCAUGUUGGCUCUGGUCUGGGACUACCUGCACCCCUUCCCCGAGUCCAGACCGGUCCUGGCCUGCUGCGUCAUCUCGUACUUCAUCAUGAUGGGCAUCCUGACUCUCUACACCUCCUACAAAGAGAAGAACAUCUUCCUGGUGGCCCUGCAGAGGGACCCGGUCGGGAUGGAUCCGGAUCAGGUCUGGCAGCUCUCGUCCUCCCUCAAACGGUUCGAUGAUCAAUACACGCUCAGAGUUUCCUUCACCGACGGGAAGUCGAAGACGUGGAGAGACUCGGAGUUCACGAAAUCCGUGUCGGCGUUCUUCGACGAGAACGGGACGCUGGUGAUGGAUCAGUUUGAAAAGUGUGUUUCCGAACUGCACGACACGCUGGCCACAGAGAAGAAAACCAAAUAAUCCAUCAGCUGUUUCCUCCUCGCCGGGCGGCCGCCGGCGCCAGUUUCAUUUCUAUCAAACUCAUCCUGCACAGAAACAGUCCGACAGUCAGCUGAGACUCUUUAUCUCACUGUUUGUUUGUUAGUUUGUUAUCUUUAGAAAAGCAUCUGCAGAAAUAUAAACAAUAAACAGAAAAAAACGGUUCAAAAAAAAGAGAAAAGCUGCAAAAAAAAAAAGGAAAAACAAAAAUAAACUGAUAAAUAGUGGAUGGAUUUAUAAUAAAGCUGCGUUAACUCUUA